CGUCACAGAGCUGAAAUUUGCUCCUGCUGGAGAAGGGAGAGAAUUAAAAACACAACUCAGGGGGAGGGAAAACAGAGAGGCUGCGCGAAAAAUAGCGGACGAGAAGGGAAAAAGUGAAAAUAAGACGAUAGUGGAAAAGACUGCAGUGGACCUUUUGGAAAAGAAAAAAAGGGAAGAAAUUACUCGAGUGGAACAAUAGACUCCUUGUAGAUAAACCCAGAAAUAAAUAAAUACAUCAUUUUUGAAGGGGACAAGUUUUUGGGGUGACAUUUUUAGCUCAACAACUGCAGAAAAAAGUCAUUACAGGAAGUGACAACAUGACCACAGAAAUGCAGGAGAUCGCCAUCACGGAGGAGAAGCCUUUACUCACGGGUCAGGCGGACUCCACCAAGGAUGCUGAACUGGCAGCACGGAUUCUCCUGGACCAAGGACAGGAGCACAGUGUGGAGACUCCACAUGGUGUUCUGCACGUGACCCUGCAUGGCUCUCGGACCAGCCGUAGACCUGCCGUCCUCACUUUCCACGAUGUGGGACUGGACAGUAAGAGCUGCUUCUCUCCACUCUUCAGAUUUGAGGAGAUGCAAGAGAUCGUCAAGCACUUCACACUGAUUCAUGUUGAUGCUCCUGGACAAGAAGAAGGAGCUGCUGCCUUCCCGACAGGUUACCAGUACCCGUCCAUGGACACCAUCGCGGAGAUGAUUCCGGCUGUUCUUCAGUUUUUCAAUUUCAAGACUGUAAUUGGAAUUGGUGUUGGAGCGGGAGCCUACAUUCUCUCCAAGUUCACACUGGCAAACCCAGACUCAGUGGAAGGUCUGGUUCUGGUCAACAUUGACACCAACGCUCGUGGAUGGAUUGACUGGGCGACUCAGAAGCUGAGCUCAGUGACGUCAUCAGUAACAGAUCAGAUCCUGUCUCAUCUCUUCAGUCAGGAGGAGCUGUCGGCAAACACGGACCUGGUCCAGUCUCACAGAGAGCUAAUCUCCAAAUCGUCUAAUCUGGUCAACAUCGAUCUCUUCUGGAAAACCUACAACAGCCGCAGAGAUUUGAUCCUGGAACGCAGCAGUACCUUCAAGUGUCCAGUCAUGUUGGUGGUUGGUGAUCAAGCUCCCUAUGAAGAAGCAGCUGUGGAGUGCAACAGCAAAUUGGACCCAACAACAACCUCAUUUCUGAAGAUGGCUGAUGCUGGUGGACUGCCACAACUGACACAGCCAGCAAAACUGACCGAGGCGUUCAAAUACUUCAUUCAGGGCAUGGGCUACAUGGCCUCCUCCUGCAUGACCCGCCUGUCGCGCUCUCGUACCACCUCCCUCUCCUCCUCUUACUCCAUGGACGGCUCUCGCUCGCGCUCUCGCACGCUGUCGCAGGGUUCGCAGGGCGGCACAAAGGGUCAUGUAACCUGUAUACCUCCUAACAAACCCAAUAAGCCUACUUGA